AUGGGAUGCGUUUACUUUAGCAACACCAUCACGCUAUCAGGCAUUAGGUUACAGUGGCCAAACGUCCCGGAUUAUGCGGGACAGUUCCGCGUUCAACCUAUUUGCCUCGCAUUGCCUGGCGUCCCGGAAAACGUUCCGCAUUUCAUGAUGAAUCUCUGUUUAGCCAGCUCCACCCCACCCCAGCCCCACCACCCCACCCCCUGUUCCACCCCCACCUGUUCCCACCCUGUUCCCACCCCACCCUGUCCCACCUGUUCCCCACCCCAUGUUCCACCCACCCCCCCCUGUUCCCACCUGUUCCACCCCACCUGCCCACCUGUUCUGUUCCCACCCUGUUCCACCCCACCCACCCCACCUGUUCCCCACUGUUCCUGUUCCUGUUCACUGUUCCACCUGUUCCACUCCCCACCUGUUCUGUUCCACUCCCUGUCUGUUCCCACCUGUUCUGUUCCUGUUCCACUCCACCCCUGUCUGUUCCCACCCUGUUCCCCUGUUCCCAGCUCCCACCCCACCUGCCUGUUCCACCUCCUGUUCACUCCUGCCACCCCUGUUCAGCUCCCACCAGCCCUGUUCUGCCCCACCCCAGCCCAGCCUCAGCCUGUUCCACCCAGCCCCACUCCCACCUCCAGCCCCACCACCAGCCUCCCCAGCCCCACCCUGUUCCCACCCCAGCCCCAGCCCACCCUGUUCCCACCCUGCCCCAGCCCCACCCACCCCAGCCCCCUGUUCCACCCUCCCAGCCCCCCAGCUCCCUGUUCCCACCCUGUUCCCACCAGCCUGUUCCAGCCCCACCCCACCCCUGUUCCACCCCACCCUGUUCCCACCCCACCCCUGUUCCCCACCAGCCCUGUUCCACCUGUUCCCACCCCACCCUGUUCCAGCCCCACCCCACCCAGCCCCACCACCUGUUCCCACCUGUUCCCAGCUCCACCCCACCCUGUCUGUUCCUGUUCCACCCCUGUUCCCACCUGUUCCCACCCCACUCCUCCCCACCUCCCUGUUCCACCUCCCACCCCACCCCAGCCCACCUGUUCUCACUCCCCACUCAGCUCCUGUUCAGCCCUGUUCCCCACUCCCAGCCCCAGCCUCAGCCCCAGCCCACUCCCAGCCCAGCCCCCACUCCCAGCCCACCCCUGUUCCCAGCUCCAGCCCAGCCUCACUUUAGCUCCCAGCUCACCACCUCAGCUCCCCUAG